AUCCCCCAAAGCAGCAACAUGCAGUCAGCAAAGGUCGCCGUCGUGAUGCUGGCGGUGCUCGCCGUUGCGGCCGCCCAGUACGGCCACCACGGCCACGCCGAGUCGUACGCCUCCGUGAACCAGCUGUCCUCUGAGAAGCACGAGGAGUACAAGCACGCCGAGCCCGUGUACAUCAAGCACGAGUACAAGCAGCCCGAGCCCGUGUACAUCAAGCACGAGUACAAGCAGCCCGAGCCCGUGUACAUCAAGCACGAGUACAAGCAGCCCGAGCCUGUGUACAUCAAGCACGAGGUGCCCGUCAAGCACGAGUACAAGCACGCCGAGCCUGAGUACAAGCACGAGGAGGUGGAGGUCGACUACCACUCGCACCCCAAGUACGAGUUCAAGUACGGCGUGGAGGACCACCACACCGGCGACAACAAGGACCAGAAGGAGGAGCGCGACGGCGACGUGGUGAAGGGCGAGUACUCCCUGCUGCAGCCCGACGGCAGGAAGCGCAUCGUCCACUACACCGCCAGCAAGCACGGCGGCUUCAACGCCAUCGUGUCCUACAGCGGCCACGCCAUCCACCCCGAGGUGAAGAAGGCCGAGCCCGUGCACGGCCACUACUGAGGACGCCGCCGCCCUCCCAUGUUCCUCUCAUCAUCAUCUGUAAUUUCUCGCGUUCAUUGUGUAAAUACCUCACCACUACCUCAUCAGAUUUAAGAAUAAAGUCGAACUAAGGAAA